AUGGGCGUCAAGGAGCGCACCUGCGCGCCGGAUUUGGACGACAUGGUCAACGCCAUGCUGCCGCCGCGCCAGUGGACGCAGCUCACGGGCACGUGGUGCCAGUUCGUUUCCAAGACGCCCGCGACGCGCGACGACCUCGUCGCGCUGAGCAACGAGCUCGACGGGCUCCUCCGGGACCGCCAGGCGCGGCCCAAGGGCAUCUGCCCCGUGCGCCAGGCCCUCUUCUCCCAGACCUUCGACGAACUCAUCCGCCAGGUCACGCUCGACCAGCCCUUCCUCGGGUUGAUGUUGCUGCGGAUCCGGGACCAGCAGCGCAUGGUCAACGACGCCACGUCCUGGGUCCACCUCGCGGGCGUCGACUUUGGCAUGGAGAAGCUCAUCGCGGCGGAGCCGGGCAUGGAGGAGCUCAUCGUGAAGAUCGCCGCGUUGGAAGCCGAAUCGUCGACGAUCGUCGACCACAUCAUGGAGCUCUACAAGAAGGCCGACGUCGAGGAGAAGCGCGCGGCGGAGCUGCGGGCCAUCCAGGAGAAGAUCAACCGCGACGAGAUCGAGGCGCUCAAGUUCCAGGGCCAGCACCUCGACGGGCUCCUCCGCAUGUUCGGCCCGGGGGGCAACAAGCCCACGUAA